AUGCCGAGUCUCGGCUCUGCAGUUUGUCUGAAAUGCGAAGAAAUCUAUGACAGCACAACCCGGAAAAUUUGCUCCAGCGCCUUGUGUAGCCAUUCGAUUUGCGAACCAUGUUUUGAUCAGAAAACGUCUUCAACUUGUCCAACUUGUGCUAAACCGGAUUCUUAUGCAACCAAAAAUAUCAAUUAUCAAGCUAUGGAACUAUUGGAUCGAUUAAAAGAGGAUAUGUCUCUGAAAGUGAUUGCGGCAGUAAAAUCAGAUCCUGAAUUACAACAACUAAAACAGUACCCGAAAAAUGCCGAGUCUCCAACUUGUGCUAAACCGGAUUCGUAUGCAACCAAAAAUAUCAAUUAUCAAGCUAUGGAACUAUUGGAUCGAUUAAAAGAGGAUAUGUCAUUGAAAGUGAUUGCAGAAGGAAUAUCAAAUCCUGAGGGAAAAAUGAGAAUUUUCGAAGACUUUCUAUCGGAACUCGAUGAUAGUAUCGAAUUAGUCGAAACUUCCGGAGAUAAAAUAACGCUGGAUCUAUUACACAAACUUUUUAAUCUGUUCAACACUGCAAAUGAUCUACCAAAGUUGGGGCCCGAUGAUUAUCAACGAAUAACUGAAAUUUUGGAAUCUGGAACAUUACAACUCGAUAAGAAGAUGAACUUCAAAUCUAUGACUAUAGCGAAAGACAUCAAACGGACCAUCCCAUUCAAAAUACCACCACAGUAUGAGAAAUAUGCAGAUCUGGCGGGAAGCUGCUUCAACGCCUUCUUUCGUUAA